AUGGUCGAAGCAAACAAGUUCACUGUCCAAAUCGAUGAUGGCGCCAAGUUACAUGUCAAGGUCUUCGGACACGACUCAUCCAACUCCAAGCCUCUGCUGAUGGCCCUUCAUGGAGCACCGGGACUGUUCACUCAUGCGGAGCCCGAGGCCUGUUUCGCCCAUCUCUCUUCGCUCUUCCAAGUUCUAGUCUUUGAUGGAAGGGGAAGUGGUGCGUCUGACAUGAGUGGGCCGUUCACGCAUGAACGCUGGAUGAAAGACAUCGACUAUCUCAGGGCCUGGACACAGGUAGAAACGUUUGUCCUUGCUGGCCAUUCUUAUGGCGGCUUUCUCGCCCUUGACUAUGCUGUCAACUAUCCAGGCCGCUUGAAGGGCCUGAUCUUGAUUGAUACGUGGACGGUCGGAACUUUGGGCGCGAUGGGUGUUCUGGCCAACAUCUUGUUGUCGGAUCGGGUCAAGGUGGACAAGGAUCGUCAGGUCCGCGUCUGGUCCGGCAAUCUGCUCAACGACGAGGAUUACCGGGAGGCGAUUGCAGAACUGCUCCCCUUUUAUGCACCUCCAGAGCACGCUUCGUUGAAGAGGACAUCGGAUUCUGGGAAUCAGGUUACUACCUCUGGCGAAUUCUUUGGCCCAGGUGGCAAUUUUCAUUCCAAGACCCAAAAUUGGGCGUUUGGUUAUAACAUGCCUCGUUUCGACGUUCGACAGCGACUCCGGGAUAUCAAAGCUCCUACUCUCGUCGUUGUCGGACGCUAUGAUUAUGUCACCCCGGUGAGCUUUGCUGAGGAGAUGGCCAAAGGCAUUCCAGAUACACAGCUGGAAGUGUUUGAGCAUUCAGGACACAGCCCACAAUCGGACGAAACCGACAAGUUUCGCAAAGUUUUGCUCGGGUUUUUGCAAGCUCGGAUUCUCUGA